UAAUAAUAACAUUUUAAUGUAUGCAUUUAAACGGUAUAAUGUGAAUAUCGAUUACCUACAUGGGUACAUCAGUGUAAAUGUUUCGUUAAUAUUCGAAAUCGAGUGUUAUAAACGAUAGUAACUUGUGGUACCGCCAAUACGUACCUAUCUUUGUAACUUAUUUUUAACUUAUAAUAAGAUGCUGGUAUACCUACCUAAAACAUUAAGGUAUAUGAAGAGAUAUUCAGUGAUAGUUUGGCGGGUUUUGGGAGUAGUUUCAUAAGCUUGGCAAGGAAUCAAAAGUCAAAAAAACAAGGAUCAAGGCAACUUUAACAGGUCACAAGUCCGGCGGCGAUGCGUCCGGCAUUCCGUCCGAGCCAGUGACAUGGCCACGUUGUCGUCAGCUUGCAGCAGUUACGUACGCCAGCAGCCCGGACAACCUUUAAAAACGCUAAACGUCACGAACGCCAUUCUCCGGACGGACAAAGGACAGGCGUCGUCGUAUCGGCCACAAUGCACGGCGAAACGAAAGAGCGCCGUGGAAUUAUUGCAAGAAACAAAAUCGCUUUACGUCAAAUCGGAAAAAGUGCUCGACAGGAAACAAGAGCUCAGGCGGAGUCUCCGAAGCAGCGGUUCUUCCGACAAGGGCUCAUCAUCGCAUGACAUAGCUUCCGGUUGUUAUAACUAUAAAGGUAACUGCUGUAAUUGGUCGAGCGGAAGUUUUACUUGUCUGCCGCCACCUAAAAGCCCUCGACUGGUGGCUGGAUGUCAGAGAAAGUCCACGGCGGACUCACAACAGCUGCAAAAUGAUCUCAGGCGUCUAUUGAAUACUGACUCUAAAGAAAACUUAUUCGAAGCAACUUCGGUGUUCCUCGACGAUGUCAUCGUCCCUCCACCCGUGCAGUACCGCCGAUCGGUGUCGCACGGCCAACAGCAGCAGCAGCAGAAUCAUCCUUGUUGUUGCGGACCGUUGUCCGCUUGCCACAAAUCACUUCCGGAUCUCACGGAUGUCGUGACAGCAGCCACCGAAACUAUUACGGAUGUGGCAACGCCGGCGGUGGCAGCUGGCCCAAUCCGCCAUUGCCGUCGUUCCGUGUCUUCGGGAUCUGUGGCUGCUGGAGACGAUGAUGACGAGGAUGGAGAUGAUGACAUAUUCGAAACCUACUGCAGCAUACCAUCUCCGCAAGGAUUUGGAAACAAGUCCAGACAAGACGAAACGGACGCAGUCGCCAACGUAACCUCUUUCCCGGAUUCAUUGAGCCUAACCAGUUACAAAACGGAUGCCAGAUGGCAACAGUCUGCUCACGGAGGGACCGGGAGUUCGAUCGAAGAGGAAAAUGACGACGAAAGCGGUGGCGUCUCGCCGCGUUCGUCCGCAUCGCCCGUCAAGUCCACCGUGUCGCAUGGCCGCUGGCGUCUACAGACCGUUGGAUCGGCGGCGGCGGCGGCGGCGUCGGCGACUGCGACCGGUGGACACCAACCGUCGCCGCCCCCCGUCCCAUUACGCCGACAUCAAUUGCCGGCGGCGGCCGACGAGUUCCGCGGCCGGCCGAUACUGCGCAGCAAGUCGGACGUGGGUCACCGGGCACCCAAUUUGCUGAGUCUGUUGCCGGCGGCCGUGGCCAAGGCCGACGAUCGACACGAAUGCGAUCCGGAUCAGUUGGAGAACUUUUUCGGCCAUCUGGGCCUCGAUCCCGACGAGUACAAGUGGAUCAUAAAAACCGAUUCGGAGACUGGCUCGCAGGUAUGUUUCGGCGGCUCAAACAGUUCGGUGGGUUCGGUGAGUGGCGGCAGCAAUAACAACAACACGAACUGCAAUAGGGACAGUGACGGUUGUGACGGUGGGACGGGCAGACCGAUCGGGAAAUCCGGAGGAGGGUCGUCUUCGUCCGAACUGCCGUCCAUCGUCGAGCGGAACGCCAGGAUCAUCAAAUGGCUGUGGAACUGUCGGAAGGCGAACCUACAGCAGACGUUGUUGCCGCCGACGCCAUCCUCGACUUAAAACGAAAAAAUAAACCCGACUCCCCCUCCCCCUAUCACUACACCCCACCCACAGAGCGAUCGGCUCGCGGUUUCGAUUCUGGCAUAACUUACUACCUACUUAUACAGCAAUAGGUUACCUAUAUAAGUUAUAAUCUCCACGACUCCAAAA